AUGGAGCUUGUCUCCGCCAAAGCAAACGCUUGCCAUUGCCGGCCAAUGGAUCGCCGGUGGCAAUUGGGCUGCUGCAGGAACACGGCCCAUGCUCAUGUCGCGGACCCGGGUCCGUGGUUGCACAACUCCACGGGUGCGCUCGGACGGCGACCUUGCCAGGAACGAGAGCCGGCUCAGGACAAGGGCUUGCCGUUGGCCGGGCGCAAGCUAUCUGACGAGUCUGCCUUUACAGACAUAUUUUCAUAUGCCAUGUAG